GGGCGGUAGUGGGGGAGGACGUUCCUGCUGCCGCCGCCGCUGCUGCACGACUUCCGCCUGAAUGUGACAAUUAACCUCCACGCACACCCGCGGAGCGAAGACACUGAUCAGGCGCAGGUGCGUGGACUUGCUCCCCACGCAGCUUUGAUGACGGGACAUUGGCGCCUUUGGAGGCAAACCGCCAAACUACAACAAGGAGAGAGGAUCUAGCAGCGGAUGACAGCGGCUUUUUCUCCCCCCCCCACCACCACCACACACACACACUCUCCCUCCCCUCCCAUUUCUCUUGACGGGACAACAUGCGUGUUGGAUGGGAGCUGGAACCUACUGGAUGUUCUUCCAUGGCUGCAUUGAUUUAUAGUACUAUUUCCCUUCAGUGAUUACGCAUUGACAUGAAGACCACGACCCGGUUGUGUUGCGUUUAAAAGACCAAAAAAAAAACAGACAAACAGGGCGCCGGUUUCUUCAGCUCUCAAGGACGGCAAAAAUAAUCCAACAUAAUAACAAUAAUAAUAACACGAAGAUAAAAGUGGAAUCAACAUGGAACAGGACGACACCGUGAACGCGUCCAAGAAGAGCAUCAUGGCGAAAAUCUUCAAAGUUCGCAAGAGGAGGGAGAUGCUUUUUGUCCAGGUGUGCUUCAUCUGCAGUGCCCUCUUCGUGGCGUGGACCAUGUCGGCGCUGUUGACUAAAACAGGCCAUGGGAUGAUAGUGGAAGACCCCAGCCUGGAGCGCUGGGGCAGGCGGCUAAUGGCGACAGCAUCUGAAAAUGAUACCGAGCCCAAAAACUGUUCAGCACCAGCAAUACACGAGUUCCCCGAUGACCUUUUCACCAACAACGAGCGGAAGAGCGGCGCCAUCCUGCUACACAUUGCGGCGGCCCUCUACAUGUUCCUUGCCCUCGCCAUAACAUGUGACGAGUACUUUGUGACGUCAUUGGAGAAGAUCUGCGAGAAACUUCACCUGAGUGAAGAUGUCGCCGGCGCCACCUUUAUGGCAGCUGGCAGCUCGGCGCCCGAGCUUUUUGCCUCUGUCAUCGGUGUCUUCAUCACCCAUGGCGACGUGGGGGUGGGUACCAUUGUUGGCUCGGCCGUCUUCAACAUCCUUUGCAUCAUCGGAGUCUGUGGGAUCUUUGCUGGACAGGUGGUCAUGCUGACUUGGUGGGCAGUAUUCCGAGAUUCCUUCUACUACAUCCUGUCCGUCAUCGCUCUUAUCGCAUUCAUCUACGAUGAGAAGAUUGUGUGGUGGGAGAGUUUAGUCCUGGUGGUCAUGUAUGCAGGAUACAUCCUGGUCAUGAAGUUCAACUCCAGCAUGCAGGCGUUCUUCAUGGGAAGCUCCAAGAAGAACGUGGCCAACGGGAACGCGGCGGCCAGCAGCGAGAUGGAGGACGGUAAAGCAACUUAUGGAAGUUAUUGGGAUGACGACCCGUCACUUCCCUUGUUGACAAAAGUGAAGCCCACCAAGGCUUACAGCCGUGGCUCCGUCGUGAUGGUGGACGAGAUCAUGAACGCCAGCCCUUCCAAGUUCCGCUUCCCCGAAGCGGGCCUGCGAGUCAUGGUGACCAACCACUUCGGACCCAAGACCCGCUUACGCAUGGCGAGCCGUCUCAUCAUCACAGAGCGCCAGAAGUUGGUCCAGGCUGCCAACGGCGUGGAGACACAAGUGAUUGACGGCAAGGCUGACAUCGAGAACGGGAACGUGCCAGAGGAAAAACCCACCGAAGCGGAGGAAAAUGGCAUCUCGCCGUUUCAUAUUCCCAAGGGAGUCGGCAACACGUUCAAGUGGUUGAUUUCGUGGCCUCUGCUGCUUUUAUUAUUCCUCACCGUCCCAAACUGUGGGAAACCUCGCUGGGAGAGAUGCUUCAUGCUCUCCUUCAUCCUCUCCACUGUCUGGAUCGCCGUCUUCUCCUACCUGAUGGUCUGGAUGGUUACUAUAAUUGGCUACACUCUGGGAAUCCCUGACGUCAUCAUGGGUAUCACCUUCCUGGCAGCGGGCACCAGCGUCCCAGACUGCAUAGCCAGUCUGAUUGUGGCUCGCCAAGGUUUGGGAGACAUGGCCGUGUCCAACACAAUUGGAAGUAACGUCUUUGACAUUCUGGUUGGACUGGGGGUCCCCUGGGCUCUCCAAACCACGUGUGUCGACUAUGGAUCAGAGGUGAUGAUCAACAGUCGAGGACUUUUGUAUUCGGUGGUGCUUCUGCUGGGCUCUGUGGCUCUCACGGUCCUUGGGAUUCACCUGAAUAAGUGGCGACUGGAUCUGAAGCUGGGCGUCUACGUGCUGGUCCUGUACGCCAUCUUCCUCUGCUUCUCGGUCAUGAUCGAAUACAACGUCUUCACGUUUGUCAACCUGCCCAUGUGCUUUGAGGAGUAACACCCAACAUGCAGCAGCAGGGGGACACCAAAAAAGUCCACAAAGUCCCACCUCGUCCACCCCUGUUUUUGGACCUAUCUCUUUUUAAAUCACCUGUAAUGUGUAGUCCCAAGUUUAUCCACUGGGCGGCACACUUGAGUCGUGUCAUGGAAUCGCACUCUGCCAGUAAUGCUCAUUUUAUGGAGCAUCGCCUGUUUCUGAUCUGUCAAUCGUCUGUCCAUUAAGCAUGCCUUUAGCUGUGAGGGGGCGGGACCUUCAGAGUCUUAAGCCCCUCCCCCCACCUUCCCCGCCGUGAUUGUUGCUGUGUCAUCACUUUUUCACGUCACAAAUUACAAAAGUGUGGACAAAUCACACGUUGAAAGAAUCCUCAAAAAAAGGUUUACCGAAGAACUCCAGGACCUAAAGAGACAAGCACACUUUUUUUUUGUGGUGGGGGGGAGGCGGGGGGUGUCAGUUUUUUUAUUUAUGGAGGAAGGCAGCUCCAGCAUGGACUUAACCAGGAAGUAGAUGCUCUCUGACCUUCAAUCAUUCAAUCAUUUUUCAUUUUGUUUGUAAAAAAAAAAAAAAAUUAAGCUGUACACUUUUUUUUUUAAUUUAUUUAUUUUUUCCAAAGUCUUUCACUGGAACUUUUCUACAUGAUACGCUUGUUUCUCGGACCGGAAGGAGAUUGGUUUCAACUCAACGCACAACAGAUCAGUUGCUCAUUUUCCACGUUGAGACGCUUGAAAAGGAACUCUCAAUGAUGACUGUCUGCUAUUGCUCCCUCCGGCCACCGGGGGUCGCCAAACACAGCCGUUAGUGAUCAGGGACAGCUCCUAAGGGGGGAGGAGCUAUGGUCUUGAUUUUUUUGAGUUGUAUGUAGAUACUGCACUUUAACAGCCAUUCUCUCAUUCUCAAUCAACUAGUGCUUCCUUGCGUGUGGGUGUGGGUGUGUUUGUAUGUGUGUGUGGGGGCGUCCCCCCCCCCACGCUUGUGUCGAUACGGACUGGUGAAUACCAUACCAUGAGCACACCCGCCUCUUGUCUGUCUGUCUGCAGUGCAUGCUGGGACAUCAAAUGCAGUCCCCCCCCUAGACUUCCUUUCCUCUGAAGCACAGCAAAAAAAAAGGCUGAUUGCUCCCGGUCCCGGUGCAUCUCCAUGGCAACUGCCCGGCCCAGUUUUACACACAAAAAAAAAAUCGGAAAGAAAUCGGCAGCUACACUGUAAUUGUUGCAAAAAUGCGAGAAUGAGACGAGGUACAGGGUGGUCGGGGGGGGGGGGGAAUAUAUUCCUGUGCCACAAAUGGCGGCAGGCACUUGUAUAUGCAAUCUCAAUGUAGUGUGUGUGUGCGCGUGCGUGCGUGAGAGACACGAGGGCCUUACCAGGCCGCCAUGACGAUGUUGUCCGUCUAGUACUACUGUGUGAGCUCACAGGGGUUGUUUUUUGGGGGGGAUUGCUGUUGAACUGAGCCAAAGGAUGGACUUUUCUGGAAGAGUGGCCUCGCAGGAAGUCUGUUGAUGUUUUUUUUUUUAAUUGAAAGGGGUGGGUUUCCACUCCAGCGGAACAUGCAGGAAGUUCCUACAUGUUUGUUUUUUUUUGGACUCUGUCACUUUAAGAGGACCUGCAUGAGAGCACUUAAGGAUAAAGAAAGUCGGACCCCCUUAAGAUGCUUCUCUGUGGGUCAAGCAGUGACCACGUCUGUAGAUACACGUUACUGUUUGCGCCUCCUCUCGGUUGCCAGGUUGGAAUUUUGUCCUCCACUUGAGCUUGCUUUUUUUUUUUCCUGGAGAGGACACAGGAACGGGAGAAGUGUACAAAACUAUCACGCACACGUGAAAUGACCCCCAAGGAGGAGCCGUGUGUUUUUUUUUUCUUUGAUUGAAUGCGACCUGAUGCACUGUGAGCUCAAUGUGAUGUGGGAGUUGUUGUCAAGAAUAAGAAAUUAAAAAAAUAUAUUUAAUGUAAAGUUAGUUACUAUUAAAAAAAACAUUAUUGUAUAACUUAUAUGAAUGUAUUGUCUUGCUAUACUGGACAUAUCCAACCAAUGCAUUUUACUGUAAAGCAAUAAUGUUAAGAAAAAAAUAAAAUGUGAAAAUUG